GAUUCUAUGAUGUGGGUAGGGACUGCGGAGACUUCCAUACUUGCUCAAGAAGUUAAACUACUGUUCAUGUUAGUUCACCGACUCGCUCACUCAAUCACCAUCUGCCCCUAAAAAUAGUAGCCACAUCAUCUUCCAUGGAUUUUGGGACGCACUGAUACGAGUGGUAUCUCUCUUAUUCACCUUGAGUCCUGUCCGCUUAAGCCCCACAUUACAAUACCGCUAUAUCUACAGUACAUUGGAAUUGAGAUUCCCACGAUAUGAAGCUUCAAGGAGAGGAUUUGUGAGGUCUUUCUCUUUGUAUAUGUAGGCUGACCGACAGUGUUGUGAACAGUUCUUUUCUGAUUAUCCAAUGGUUACCAGUAUCAAGUGCUUAGGCGCAUUAGUGGAUUUGGAGGUUAAAAUUCAACUUGGUUUCUGGGCUGAAAUGUACUAAGAAAAUUCUUUACUUUUUUGGUUGUUGUGCAUGAACUGUAGUGGGUUUGUGUGAUCUCUUAAACUGUGGCCCAGUUGCUUGAUAUGGAUCCUUGGAAUUAUGUUGGUGAAGGGAAGGGGCUUGACCCCGAUGGAAUGGUUUUGCCUAGUAAUUCGCCCUCGAGAAACAAGAAAACUUGGUUGGGUUUGGAAUUCAGAACGCCAUGUAGUUAUGGCAACCAGUUAGUGUCUGGUCAACAAGAAGCUGUUGAGAAUCAAGGUUUUGAGGAAUUGGGUUUUCCAGAGAUAAUUGGUAAACAGUUAGCCUACGAUUCGUUUGGCGAAGUUCUGAGCGGUCACGUUGGGGGUGGAAGAGUUGUUAAUCCAAUCAUGGCCACGUCAAAUGCAAUUGGAGAAGAUGACUCUACUUCUAAGCUCUCAAGCUCUGUGGUGGAUUCAAACAGUCGGGACUCGUCCUUCUUUGAUUUGAAGCUUGGACGGCUUCCUGAUCACAGAGAUGGCUGUAAUUCUAAAUUUUCAAAAGGAAUUCCGAUCUUAUCUUCGUCAGAGUCAUCUGUACCUCCAGCGAAAAGAACACGGACAUCAUCAGGGUUACAUUCGCAGACUGCAUUCUGCCAAGUUUAUGGUUGUAACAAGGAUCUCAGCUCUUUUAAAGACUACAACAAGAGGCAUAAAGUUUGUGAGGACCACUCCAAGACUUCCAAAGUCAUUGUGAAUGGCAUGGAACAGAGGUUUUGCCAACAGUGUAGCAGGUUUCAUUUGUUGGCUGAAUUUGAUGAUUGUAAGCGUAGCUGCCGUAAACGCCUUGCAGGCCAUAAUGAGCGACGCAGAAAGCCUCAAGUGGGUAGUCAAUUCCGCCGGGAUGGGAGAUUGCUUCAAUCAUAUGAUGGAGGCAACAGAUUUCAGGGAAGUUCUAUAUCGACAACUUCCUUUAUUUGCCCAGAGAUUCUCCCUAGUGACCUCUUGCAUCCUGAGAAAUAUGGCACGAGUGACCGGUGCAGGCAUCUAAAAGCUAAAGAUGGGACUGACUAUGGGCCUCUGUCAACAAAUGAAUAUCUGCAUUCAAAAUUCCCCUUCCCUUGGGCUAUUGAAAAGCAGUCCCCCACAUUUCAUGACAACGGAGCUAAUACUGCAACCGGAAACAUUUUUUCAGCAAAUAUAAGUCAAGAUACACAUGAUAUAGGAGGCUCAACUUCUAAUUCGCAUUCUCUUUUCCAGAACACGUCAUUCAGAAGGGAAGAAUUCAAUUUUUCUGAUGCAGCAUCAACCGCUCAAGGAUUAUCGAGAAUUUUAGACUCCGGUUGUGCUCUCUCUCUUCUGUCAUCUCAUUCACAGAACUCUUCAAGCCAUUUGGCUGGGAUUCCCAUGGCUUGUCCACUGAUCAUGCCAAGUUGCAAUCCCCAUGACAGCAUGGGUCAAUUUUCUCAGAGAUUCAUAGGAAUAAGUUCACAGCCUUCCUCAGGUGGAGUGUUGAAUAAGUUCCCUUCAUCUGAAAUUAAUUCUGCAGAAGAGAAUUGGCUUUGUCCAAUAAUGAUAUCUGAUGGUAGUGGUCCUGUCAACUUUGGAAUAGCAGAUGGGAUUUUUCAAGGGUCUGUUAUUUUGAAUUCAAACGAUCGCCAUUCCAGUGAAAAUGGGCCUACCAUUGACUUGCUUCAGCUGUCAUCACAGCUCCAGCGAGUAGAGCAUCAGAGGCAGUCCAUGCAAAUGAAGUAGGAAAAUGAUGCUUUCUUCUGCCUCCGAAUCACAUAAACUCCUCAGCAAACAAGAUUAUACAACCUGUGAUAUACCCCAUCAGAAUAAUGAUUAUGUAUAGACCACGCAAACGGUUUUAGUAUUCAAUUGACGAAACAGAUCUCACUGUAAUGCAAUGGGAACUGAACUAGUCAGAAAUUUCACCAGUCUACAUUAUGGAUAAGUUGCAUUUAUGCCACACAAGGGACCAGGACAUGAGCAAGUGGCCAAUUUUGUCAAGUUCUGUAUGCAGAAUGACUACGGUUGACUUCGUUGGCUUCCUAAAUUGUAUUUCCUUUUGGAGAUGGGAGUGAAGGUUUAAAGACUAAACCCUUUUGCGUCUGGACAUUCUUGUGGCAACAGACUAGUGAAAAGAUAAGCGUUGAGGCGAUUAUAGCUCGUCAAAGAGGCGAUGUUCUGUUUGUAAACAUCAUAAUGUUGCUAAUUUAUAAGUCAUAACUAUGAUACAAUUUUUUUCUA